AUGUCAUCACGCUAUGAUGCUCUCCAUGCUGGCGAUGAACCGAACUAUUCUUUACAACUACAGGAAGACCGGGAUGUCAGCGUGGCAAGCGAGGAUUGGAUUAACUCUUCACAACGACACACAGGCCAGAAUGUUCGCGCGAUGAGCGAGGAUUCGACCAUUUCUACCCAGAUACACGAGGACCAAAGUAACACUGCGGCGAGCGAGAGUUGGAUCAAUACUGCACAGCAGCAAAAAAUUGAAGAUACCCAAGCGUCUAUAGUCUCUUACCACAAGGCUGAAAUGUCUCUACAGCGACCCAUGACAAUCUUCCGUAGAGUCGGCAAGCUACCUUGCACCCUACUGCUUCUUAGCGUCUUUGGAACUGCGGCAUUCGUUAUCUACAUUACCUUUCUCUGGUUCAGAGCAAGUGGAAAACAGACCUGGAAAAAUAUCGCUCCUUCUGGCUGGAUGACGAGAUCUUUCGCCAUUGCCGCUGCUGUGCUUCGAACAUCAACCAAUAUACAAGCUGGCCUUGGAUCAUCCAUGCUUGCCGCUAUUGCGCUUGAGAGCACUGCCGGAGUCGCCCUACAAGAUUCAGUCCCGUUGUCUUUGAUGCGAGCGGCGUCAGCUGCACCAUAUGCAUUAUUAGCACACCACAGGGUCGGGCGCAACGGGCUGAACUGGUUACUUCUUUUAUUGGCGGCCAUUAUAUCGAUUACCACGAUUUCCCUUCAAUUUACAUCAACAAUCCUGCUAGCCGACGUGAACGCAGGCUUUCUUCCAAGGGGGAGUCUGACGGCCAACUGGCAAAGUGUUCCGCGCCCAUGGCCUGUAUUCGCAGAAUACAUAGAAAACAACUCAGCUGAUGGUUCACUGGGCUAUUCAGACACAGGUUCCACGAUGAGGGCUCUUUUACCAUUUAGCAAUACUCAGUCUCGAUCUCCCAUUCACAUCUACGAAGGUCCAGCCUCCGUCAUCGAUGCGCGCACGAUUUGCGUUAGACCAAAAAUUACGGAUACUCAUCUGACACACGUCGACUUCGAGCCAGUCAUACUUCAUGGCAAUAUUUCCGUCCCAAUCGAUCUUCUAUCAACCCUCUGGAACGAAACUCCUUUUAAGAGCUUCGGGCCAAUGGAGUUUGCGUGUGAGCCGUCAAACAACUUUGGGGACAGCUACUUCCGAUACCCUCUUGGUAAUCGCACAUCAGCCUGGGAUCUUAGCAUUUGCGAUUUAGGACAGUCAAAUGUGUUCCUUACGAGUUCCUUCAAGCGGACCGAACCCGCGCUAUCUACCCCCUCCCUCUUGAUGGAUUAUACAGCCGAUAGCAGAGCAAAGCGUCCGACCAACUGGACAGGCCCCUCCACUAAAUUUGCAAACUUUGAUGAAACGACCCCGGGGCUACGUUAUCAUGAUAGGAACAAAUGGCUCGAUUUCAAAGAAGACCCUCAGACUUCAAACUGGUCGUAUGUAAGCUACUUUGGAGAUACGAAGCUAGGCUAUAGUCUCUGUUUUCCAGAGUUCCAAGCCUAUGUUCUCAACAUAUCAGUGAGUUCUCGGGCGCCUCUGGAAGAGCCAAUGUACUUCUAUGACACAGAGCGAAGUCAAUUCCGCUAUGAUCAUAUACGAAAGCAGCUAGUUCCAUCAUCGAAACUUUCUCUGGAAGAGUGA